CAAGAGAACUCAACAAUGUUCUUUUUUUUUUCCUUCCCUUUUUUUUUUUUAGGGAUUGGCAUAGGAGUCUUGGUUCGAGAAUACAGCAAACUCUCUAAUCUGGAGAAGUUCUACUUUGCCUUUCCUGGAGAAAUCCUAAUGAGGAUGCUGAAACUCAUCAUCUUGCCACUAAUUGUAUCCAGCAUGAUCACAGGUGUCGCUGCAUUGGAUUCCAACGUAUCUGGAAAAAUUGGGCUGCGUGCUGUUGCAUAUUAUUUCUGCACCACUCUCAUUGCUGUCAUUCUAGGUAUCGUGCUGGUGGUGACCAUCAAGCCUGGUGUCAGCCAGAAAGUGGGUGAAAUUGACAGGAGAGGCAGCAGCCCUGAAGUCAGUACUGUCGAUGCCAUGUUAGACUUGAUCAGGAAUAUGUUCCCUGAGAACCUUGUCCAAGCCUGUUUUCAGCAGUAUAAAACCACGCGGAAAGAAGUGAGUCCUCCCAGUGAGCCAGGGAUGAAUAUGACGGGAGCAUCUGUCACAGCCGUCAUGACAACUGCUGUUGCCAAGAAUGAAACAAAGGAAUACAAAGUCGUAGGCAUGUAUUCAGAUGGCAUCAAUGUCCUCGGCUUGAUUGUCUUUUGCCUUGUCUUUGGACUUGUCAUUGGAAAAAUGGGAGAAAAGGGACAGGUUCUGGUGGAUUUCUUCAAUGCUCUGACCGAUGCAACCAUGAAAAUCAUUCAGAUCAUUAUGUGUUACAUGCCAAUCGGCAUUUUAUUCCUGAUUGCCGGAAAGAUCAUAGAAGUUGAAGACUGGGACAUAUUCCGCAAGCUGGGCCUUUACAUGGCCACCGUCCUGACUGGGCUUGCAAUCCACUCCAUUGUAAUUCUCCCACUGAUAUAUUUCAUUGUGGUAAGAAAGAACCCUUUCCGGUUUGCCAUGGGGAUGGCCCAGGCUCUCCUGACAGCUCUCAUGAUCUCUUCCAGUUCAGCAACCCUGCCUGUCACUUUCCGCUGUGCUGAAGAAAAGAACCAUGUGGACAAAAGGAUCACUAGGUUUGUGUUACCCGUCGGUGCUACGAUCAACAUGGACGGGACGGCACUCUACGAAGCAGUAGCAGCUGUGUUCAUUGCACAGUUGAAUGACAUGGACUUGAGCAUUGGGCAGAUCGUCACUAUCAGUGUCACAGCCACAGCUGCCAGCAUCGGAGCUGCGGGUGUACCCCAGGCUGGCCUGGUGACCAUGGUAAUUGUGCUGAGUGCUGUGGGCCUGCCCACUGAGGAUGUCACCCUGAUCAUCGCUGUCGACUGGUUCCUGGACCGGUUCAGGACCAUGGUGAACGUCCUUGGUGACGCCUUUGGGACGGGCAUCGUGGAGAAGCUCUCUAAGAAGGAGCUAGAGCAGAUGAGUGUUGCAUCUGACGUCAACUUCACGAACCCCUUUGCUGUGGAAACCACAACAGUCGAUAAUGAAGACUCAGAUGCCAAGAAGUCCUAUGUCAACGGAGGCUUUGCCAUCGACAGAUCUGACGCCAUCUCAUUCACCCAGACCUCACAGUUCUAGAGCCCUGGCUUCAGGUGACUGGGAAUGAUGAAGGACAUCUCUCAGUGAAUUCAAACAUUAAGGAAAAGAAGAACACUAAUGGCCAAUUGUACAUUUGACCUGAUACACAGACCUCCAAAUUACUUUCUAUAUUUGGAUUCAGAACUUUUGCUCUCUAUGUUCUGGGACUUGGGGGUGGGGUAAGAGAAAAGGAAAUUGAUGAAAAAGCAAGCUAUAUUAUCUGGAGUUUUAAAAUUCUACAAGAGACGAAGUUUAGAAGUAUAUAACAUAGCAGCUGUUGGAAUUAGGUAACAGAUGUGAAAGCGCAAUUGCUUUCUCACGCACACACCAGUGUUUGGGGUUUUUAAAAAACUAUUCUGUCAGUGACUACAACUUUUUUACUCAGUCUUUCUAUGGCAUGGA